UAGGUGAGCGAGUUCCUCAGAAAUGGCAAUGAACUCCAAGUUCAUCCUUCUCUCUGUUCUUUUUGGUGCGCUCUUGUUUGCAUGCAUCACCUUUGCUCAAGAAGAAGUGUUUGAAUAUGAAGAAGGGAGCCCAAGAGGGCCACAACAUUGGGGGGAGCUCAACUUCCCAAACUGGACAACCUGUGGACAAGGAAUGAUGCAAUCCCCCAUUGAUAUUGAAAGCAAGGAUGCCAUAGUUGCUCCAGAACUGGGGCCACUGAAAAGGAAUUACAAGGCAGCCCGUGCUAUUCUAAGGAACAGACGCCAUGAUAUCAGUGUUGAAUGGACAGAAGACGCAGGCUACAUUACUAUUGGAAACACCAAGUAUUUCUUGAAUCAGUCACAUUGGCACAUACCUACUGAGCAUCGCUUCAAUAAUAAAAGCUACAACAUGGAGAUGCAUAUGGUCCAUAGGAGCGAAGAUGGAAGGAUAGCAGUGAUUGGGAUUCCCUACAGAAUUGGUUUCUUGAGUGAUAAGUUUCUUGGGAAGCUAGUUGACAAGAUAUUGUAUCUAUCAAUUAACCGGAAUCUUAGCUCUAUAAAUGCCGGGGUGGUGGAUCCCUACGAUGUUGGAAUUGGGUUCGGAGACAGCUACUUCAGGUACAAUGGGCUCCCUUACCACCCCACCCUGCACUGAGGGUGUACUUUGGACUGUCAUGAAAGACGUUCAAAGCGUGGCCCUCUAUCAAAUUCUGGCAUUGCAAGUAGCAGUUGACCCAGGAUAUCAGCAAAAUGCCAGACCUAUCCAACCCAUCAACGGCAGAAAGGUUUUGCUGUACAAGUAGAUAACU